AGAAGGACGGCUCCUACCGAACCCGGGACCAACUCACUUCCAAAUGGUGCCACAUCAACAAAAAAAUCUGAAAGUUUAUGGGAGUUUACGAGGAAUGCUCCCAGUCCCGGAGGAGCGGCACGAACGACGCCGAUGUUCUCCGGCUUGCCACGACCCGGUAUCAAGACGACGGGAACGAAGGCAAGGUGCCCAUCGAUCUUUGGAAGAUUUUGAGUCGUUCCCCGAAGUGGCAACAACUCAACAAUCCCGACGGCGGAUCAUUGCGGAAAAGAUCCACCGUCGCCGCCGAGGUUGAGGUCGACGAGACUAUCGGUUCUACCGAUCAAAUCCCUCCCUUCAACGUUGCGGAUUUCGAUGACGAGGACCCCAUUCCACGGCCGAUCGGAAGAAAGAAGGCAAAAUCCAUUGCCUCUGGUUCGGGUGGGUCCGCCUCUGUUUCUGCUUCUCCCCGCGACGAAAUCGGCCGGACAAUGAUUGAACAAUUUCGGACGUUCAAUCUCCAAGAACAAGAGAGGUUGAAGCUUAAAGAGAAGGAGUUGAAGCUAAAGGAGCAGGAGGCCGAGAUGAAAGUCAUGCAAACCGACCCCGGGACGUUGUCGGAGUUUGGACGAAUUAUCUACGAGCAAAGAAUGAGAGAGAUCAAGGAGAAAUAUAAUUUACCUUAGUUUUUUUAUUAAUGUAUCUUUUUUUUAAACAUAUUGUCGCUUUUUUUAUUUAAUUAAUGUGUNCGAAAUCGGCCGGACAAUGAUUGAACAAUUUCGGACGUUCAAUCUCCAAGAACAAGAGAGGUUGAAGCUUAAAGAGAAGGAGUUGAAGCUAAAGGAGCAGGAGGCCGAGAUGAAAGUCAUGCAAACCGACCCCGGGACGUUGUCGGAGUUUGGACGAAUUAUCUACGAGCAAAGAAUGAGAGAGAUCAAGGAGAAAUAUAAUUUACCUUAGUUU